AUGGAUCAGUUCAGAUCAUGCCCACAGCCAUCAGAUAAUAAUUCAAUAUCAUAUUCACAACAAUCUGGACUAAGUUCACAAUUACGGAAUUACCAUACAUAUCUAAUAACUUCACGACCGCAACCUGAUCGUCGCCAACGGAAAAAAGCCAAAGGAAAGAAACCUUAUGUAAAGCGCAAUCAUUCUCUUAAUGCAUGCGAUCCAUGCCGUGUAUCACGUCUAAGAUGUGAAAAGGAAGAUGGCUCUGAUGUUUGCAAUAGGUGUAUUGAUGAAAAAAGAAAACAACAUUGUAUAUUCAAUAAAUCUUUCAAAAAGAGAGGUCGUAAAAAAGGAUCGAAAAAUAGACCUAAGAAAAAUGAAAAUGAAAACUGUGAUAUCAACACUGCUGAUAACACUGUCACUGAUGCUAAACCAUGUUGUCAAAGUAACAAUAAAGUAACAGCUGAUGGUUAUAAUUUACGUGAAGAUACUUUUACACUUCCUGUUUUUAGUUAUAAUGAUUAUCGUAAUGUUAAUCCGCAGGGAGGUCAUAAUAAUUGGCAACAACUGGAACAACAGCAACUGUUUCAAGGUAAUAAUAAUAUGUCGAAUAGUUUAGCAAUCUCAACCGAUAAUUAUCAAACCAAUGCUCAGCAACAAUUAAGCCCUGUUGAGUACGAGUAUGCUAUGAAUAUGGUAUUUAUGCAAUUAUUUGGUGAUUGUAUUGAUCCUGCGAUGCAAACACCACCACAAUAA